GGCCGGCCGAAGCGGAAGCGGCGGGCUACGGCGGCCGGCGCGGGCCAUGGCGGGCUACGGGGUGGCGAACGAGCGGCUGCGGGUGCUGGAGGAGCUGGAGCGCGAGAUCGGGGCCUCCCUGCAGAGCGCCGGCACGGUGAUCCUGGAGCUGUCCAAGGAGAAGGCGGCGGAGCGGCUGCUGGAGCGCCAGGCCGCCCAGUUCAGCGCCGCCGUCCAGAAGGUCGAGUCCGAGCUGUCGGCCCAGAUCCGCUACCUCACCCAGGUGGCCACGGGGCAGCCCCACGAGGGCUCCAGCUACUCGGCCCGCAAGUCCUGCCAGAUGGCCCUGAACCGCGUCGACUACGCCCGCCUCAAGCUGGGCGAGCUGGCGCGCGCCUGCGAGCAGAUGCUGGAGCCCUGAGCGGCAGCCGCACGCCGAGCACACGCCAAGGACACGCCGAGCACACGCCGAGGACACGCGCCGGGCAGGGGCGCACCGCACGGCUUCCCUGCCACGUGCUGCCCGCCGAGGGCGGGUGUCCCUGGUGCACUGCAGGAGUCUGCACGCAAAGAACAUGCCAGCUACACGCCAAGACAUGCCAAGGACACGUGCCAGGGCAGGAACACACUGCACAGCUUCCCCACCACGCGCUGCCUGCGAAGGGCGCGUGUCCCUGGCACGCUGCAGUGGUCUGCACACAAAGAACACACCAGCCACACGCCAAGGACAUGCCAAGGACACGCGCCAGGGCGGGGACACACUGCACGGCUUCCCCACCACGUGCUGCCCACAAAGGGCGGGUGUCCCUGUCAUCUGCACGCCAAGAACAUGCCAGCUACGUGCUAAGGCCACGGAUGUGCAUUCAGCACGCCAUCAGCGUGUGAUCUCGUGGCCGCAAUGUGCCAGGGCCUCCGACACGACGAGACACAAGCAAUAGUCCAGUGACACGUUUCCAGCAGCGCGGAUAUGCCCUGGGCCACCAGCAACACGCUGCCGACACGCCUGCGACACGUAAACUCGUGCCCGGGAAUACAGAGAAAUGACUGACAUGCUGCGGGCACGUGAGCUCAUGCCACCAACGUGCCUGGGCAUGCAUGUGCCGCCAACAUGGGACAACCACGCCGCCAACACGCGAUUUCAUGUGAUGGAUGUGCCCCGACAUGUGCGCUCACGCCCCAAAUGCAGCGAGGACAGCUGCUCGCGUGGCUCCGACACGUGCCGUCACGGCACGGGACACAUGACGGACACGCGAUCCUCCCCCCCACCCUGGUGACACGCCAGGACACGUGUGAGCGGUUGGCGGUCGGGGCACAGCCGUGGCAUGGCUCAGGCCCCGAGAUGCCGUGUCACCUCGUGUGCGGUGACACGCCAGCGACACGGCAGCGACACGCCGGCGACAGCCAAAAUAAAGGGAACCCACGGUGGCCUUCGGGGUAGUAUGA